ACCAAUAGUGCGCUUUUCUAGAUGCAACUUCGGUGGAGAGAAACGAAGGAUAGGAGUUUGGAAUACAAAAUCCUGGGAAUCCAGACUUUAAACAUAUUCUGCACGCCUGCUUUGCGUUAAACUCAUGGAGAAAAUUAAACAAGAUGGGUUUUCGGUGCUAAAGGAUUAGGUGGCGCGCUCGCUCGUGCAGCCUAACACAAGAAUCAAAGCAAAGUGCUCCGUAUAACUUGCAAGCAACAUUGUUUAUCCGGCUCUCUUCGGAUUAUUGUUUUUUUGAUGACACAACGUUUUGUAAUCUUUGUUUUGGAUCGCAGUUUGCAUAAUGAUUCCACGCCACUUUGCCGGAACAGAAACGGACAAAGAGAGGAUCGCACUGCUCUGGAUCGACUGAGGGAACACGAUGUGGAUUUCAUGAAAGAUAUUCACCAGCCUGACAUCUGUGCCAGAAACUUCCCAGUUGCUAAUUUUAUAUAAUUACUUAUUUUCAGGAAAUAAUGUUGAGCAGAAGGCAAUGGACAUACACGGUGCUUAGCUAUCUUAUCUUAGAAAUAUUAAUUCGCAAUGUUAAAGGUCUCAACGUGUGCACGAGCGGCAGCGCGACCUCCUGCGAGGAAUGUCUACUUAUCCACCCGAGCUGCGCCUGGUGCGCGCAAGAGGAAUUCGGGGCUCCCCGGACCCUGACGUCGCGGUGCGACCUGCUUCAGAACCUGCAGAAGCGCGGCUGCGAGGCCCGGUCCGUCGAGAGUCCACGCAGCGACUCCACCGUCCUGGAGAACCAGCCGCUCAGCUCCAAGGGCUCCGGCCCGACCCAGUACGACGUCAUCCAGAUCAUGCCCCAGAAGGUGUCUCUGAGUCUCCGGCCCGGUGACCCGACGUGGUUCGAGGUGCAGGUGCGGCAGGUGGAGGACUACCCCGUGGACUUGUACUACCUGAUGGACCUGUCCCUGUCCAUGAAGGACGACCUGGACACCAUCCGCAACCUGGGCACCAAGCUGGCCCAGGAGAUGAAGAAGCUGACCAGCAACUUCCGGCUGGGGUUCGGCUCCUUCGUGGACAAGAACAUGUCGCCCUUCUCCUACACCGCCGCCAAGUACCAGAGCAACCCCUGCAACGGGUAUAAGCUCUUCCCGAACUGCGUGCCCUCCUUCGGGUUCCGGCACCUCCUCUCCCUGACGGACAAGGUGGACAUGUUCAACAAGGAGGUGCAGAAGCAGAUGGUGUCCCGUAACCGUGACGCCCCCGAGGGCGGGUUCGACGCCAUCCUGCAGGCGGCCGUGUGCAAGGAGAGCAUCGGCUGGAGGAAGGAGGCCUUCCACCUGCUGGUGUUCACCACGGACGACGUCCCGCACCUGGCCCUGGACGGGAAGCUGGGGGGCCUGGUGCAGCCGCACGACGGGAUGUGCCACCUGGACGAGAAGAACGAGUACAGCGCCUCCACCAGGAUGGACUAUCCCUCUCUGGCCCUGCUUGGUGAGAAGCUGGCGGAGAACAACAUCUAUCUCAUCUUCGCCGUGACCAAGAAGCUCUACGUUAUUUACAAGAACUUCACGGCACUCAUACCUGGUACGACGGUGGAGAUCCUGGACCAGGACUCGAAGAACAUCAUCCAGCUGAUCGUGAACGCGUACAAUAACAUCCGGUCCAAGGUGGAGCUGACGGUGUGGGACCACCCGGAGGACAUCAGCCUGUCGUUCACCGCCACGUGCCAGGACGGCCGCCCGCUGACCGGCCUGCGGAAGUGCGCCGACCUCAAGAUCGGGGACACGGUGUCCUUCAACGUGAGCGUGGAGGCGCGGGGCUGCCCCUCGCCGGACCGGCCCCAGAGCUUCACCAUCAAGCCCGUGGGCUUCAAGGACCGGCUGCAGGCGCUGGUGACGUACCGCUGCGACUGCGGCUGCACCCGGCACACGCAGCCGGCCAGCGGGCGCUGCAGCGGGGCGGGCACGCACACCUGCGGCACGUGCGCCUGCGAGCCGGGCUACCUGGGCACGCGCUGCGAGUGCCGCGAGGGCGACGCCGGGAGCACGCACCUGGCCGCCUGCCGCCAGGCCGAGGGCAAGCAGGUGUGCAGCGGGCGCGGCCAGUGCCGCUGCAACCAGUGCCUCUGCUACGAGUCGGAGUUCGGCAAGAUCUACGGGUCCUACUGCGAGUGCGACGACUUCUCCUGCGCCCGACACAAGGGCCUCCUCUGCUCCGGUCACGGGGAGUGCCACUGCGGUGAGUGUAAGUGCCAUGCCGGCUACAUCGGGGAUAACUGCAACUGCUCCACGGAGACGGCGCCCUGCGUGUCGGAGGACGGCCGGAUGUGCAGCGGGCGGGGCGUGUGCGUGUGCGGGGGCUGCCAGUGCACGGAGCCCGGGGCCUUCGGGGACACCUGCGAGAAGUGCCCCACCUGCCCCGACGCCUGUGGCACCAAGAGGGAGUGCGUGGAGUGCCGGCUCUUUGGCUCGGGGAAACUCGCCGACAACCAGACCUGCCAACGGCUCUGCAAGGACGAGAUCGUCACCGUGGAAACGCUGAAGUCAGAUGACCCGAACGCGGUCCUGUGUCUCUAUAAGACGGACAGUGACUGCGUGAUGAAGUUCACUUACUCAGAGCACGCCAACGGCCAAUCCGUGCUCACCGCCCUGAAAGAACCAGAGUGUGCUGCGGCUCCAGACGCCCUCACUGUGCUCCUGGCGGUGGUGGGCAGUAUCCUGGCGGUGGGCGUGGCUCUGCUGGCCGUGUGGAAGCUGGUCAUCACCGUGCACGACCGCCGGGAGUUCGCCCGCUUCCAGAGCGCCCGGUCCCGCGCGCGCUACGAGAUGGCCUCGAACCCCCUGUACAAGCAGCGGAUGUCCAGCCACGCGGCGGAGACCGUCUUCAGCAUGAACAGUCUGAACAGCAAGUCCUACAACGGAGCGGUCCACUGAUCCCCCAGCGCGGGGGGGGGGCGGGGGCGAGUGCAGCAGGACUGGCUCA